UAAUAACAUUUGGUUCACUGUGUAUAAUAGAGCUGAUAAAAUUGUAAAACUCAUUUUGAUAUUGGGUGUUAAAAUUGAUCGAAAAAUUAGUUCGAUCAAGUUGAAUCAUCGAAUGGGUGAAGAAGGGAUGGAAGGGGUUGAUGUAACCAUAGAAACGUGACACGCGUUUAUGUCAUUCGUUUGAUCUCACCUCGAUGAUAUGAAAGUUUUAUCGUAGCGGCUUUUUCUAACGCGAAUUUGUUUGUACAUUUUUUUCUAAACGUUAGUAGAAAUUACAAUUUUUUUUCUAUUGGGGUUAUUUAAAUUGAAAUAUUUGAAAUGGAACGAAAUUAUCAAAAAGUUGGUAUGGGUGUUGGUGCAUUUCAUAAUCCACCUAGAGCAAAAUACAGCGAGGAAACGAAGAAUUUAAUCAAACUUUUAAUGGAAGAAUCUAAAGUUGGCAUGAGUCAAAGAAAAAUUAUUCAAAAUGCCAUCGACAAAGGAGAAUCUCUACCACCACCCCAUAAAUCUAUAGGAGAUACAACAAAAUCUAAAGAACCUCAGGUGGUAUUUCCAAGUCUUUGGAAGAAACGUUCGCAGAGUAUGAUACUUGGCAGUGGUGCAUACGAAAGGGAACAAUAUCGUCGAACUGCACCCUUACCUAACAAGGAAAAACAGAAACGUCAUUUGGCUUGUUUAAUGGCUUAUGGAAAAGAUAUGCCAGAAACACCUCAUGGACCGAAAAUUCUUCACAGAGCAAAAAGAGAACCACGAUCAAAUCAGGAAGAUAAUUUUGAAUACGUUAUCGAUGGAAUUCGUGAGAGAAUAGAAUUUUUGAACGACAUGGAAUGCCUUGGUUUAGGUAAAAAAUAUCGACCUAUAAUACAACAAGAGAUUGCUGAAAAGAUUCGUUUUAUAAAAUCCAUUAAUAAUGACAAAUCUGCGGAAGUAUUAAAAGAAUUAGAAAAAUUUCAAUUAGAACGACCACCACCUAAACCAUUCCCUUUGGGAGAUUUAGAUGAAAGUUGAAAUAACUUUUUAAUUAUUUUUAAUGUAUAAAUAUAUUUUGUGUGUGUGUGUAUA